AUGAUGCUCUUGUAUACCGCACUUUACUCGAUUCUACUUCUUUUCUAUGCGACGCCGAUUGAACUCGGUGGUCUUUCCCUUGACCCUCCCCGCAUUGGUGCUAUAUUUGCGAUAUCAGGUUUUACCCAUGGCACAUUCCAGCUACUUUUCUACACUCGCUUAUAUGAUCGCUUUGGUGCAUACGCCAUUAAUGUCGCCGGUCUUGGCUCCAUCAUUCCUGUGAUAAUUUUAUUACCGGUAAUGAAUGCUCUCGCUCGAGUCCAUGGUGUGGGUUGGGCGGUGUGGUUGUUCAUUGGCGUUCAAUUUGCGCUGAUAAUUCUCUUCUCCAUGUGCGACUCUUGCAUGGCAUUUUUUAUUAGAGCAGCUGCUCCCAAUAGCGCCUCGCUUGGAGCAACCAAUGGAAUUGUCCAGUUGGUUGCCGCCGGAACAAAGAUUAUUGGCCCAGCAUCUGCAGCUUCGGUUUUUUCUUAUUCGAUGCAGGAAGGUCGUGAUGUGUGGUUGGCGUACUACUUCCUGAUGACAAUCGCAUUUCUGGCUGUAACUCAUCUUCUGUCCUCCCCCCGUGCCACCAUGAUCGCGCUUCAGGAUGAUGAUGAGGAUGGGAUGCCUCUUCUGCAACGGCCAGAACAGCCGCCGAUGGCCAAGACACCUCUACCUUGGGACCAAUUUUGGAUCGUACUGUUCUUGCAGAUUUCAGACCCUCUUGUUUUUGAGACCAUUUCCCCGUUCGUCCCCCAACUGAUCAGAGACAUUGGUGUGACUCACGGGGACGAAUCCCAGGUUGGAUACUACGUUGGCAUCUUGCACUCGUCGUACUAUGUCGCUCAAACCCUGACUAUUCUUUAUUGGAGUCAAUUGUCUGAUCGCAUUGGGCGGAAGCCGUUGAUACUGACCGCUCUAUUCACGAUAGCGGUUACGAUGCUGUCGUUUGGGCUGUCAAGGACCUUUGUCGGUCUGCUGGUCAGUCGUAUUAUCUGCGGGGCAUUCAAUGGGGAAAAUGGUGUCGUCAAAAGCAUGGUGAUGGACAUUACUGACGCAACCAAUUUGGCGAAUGCGUACGGAUAUAUGCCACUCCCAUGGAUGUCAGCCGCCAUAAUCGGUGCGCUGUUCCAGCAGUUUUUUGCCUCCAUGGCUUGGCUAGUCUCGUAUUUCUAUCUCAAAGAGGUGAGCGUGAUUUUGAACAUAUUGUAUCUGGAUCACACCAACACUGAGCGCGGAAACGAGAGCGUUUCUACCAGGGCACCUCCUUGGGAACUGGUUAAGGGAUGGCUCUUGGGACAAUCAUAUGCAAAGCCUUCCACGCCACCGAGUAAUGCUCGGGCAAGUUCUGGGGAAGCAAAUUCUGAAGAAGACCCAUCAGAGCCGGUUCCAUUGCGCGGCCUUGCUAACUCCGAAGGUCCUGACCGUAACAGCAAGUUAUGGCACCAUGGCACUCUUGCUUUCGCUCAUGGCACAUUCCAGCUACUUUUCUACGCUCGCUUACACGAUCGCUUCGGCGCAUACGCUAUCCAUGUCGCCGGUCUUGGUUCCGGUAUACCCAUGGUCAUUUUAUUCCCGGUGAUCAACAGCUUUGGCUCGAGCCCAUGGUGUGGGUUGGGCGGUGUGGUUGUUCAUCGGCGUUCAACUCGCGCUGAUGGCUAUCUUGGUCAUGUGCUACCAGCAGCUGCUCCCAAUCGCGCCUCGCUUGGAGCAACCAAUGGAAUCGCCCAGUUCGUCGCCGCAGGAGCAAGGAUUAUUGGCCCAGCAUCUGCAGCUUCGAUUUUUUCUUAUUCGAUGCAGCAAGGUCGUGAUGCAUGGUUGGCAUACUAUUUCUUCAUGGCAAUGGCAUUUCUUGCUGUAGGUAUUGCUCUAUUACUUCCUCGUGAUCCUAGUCUAUGGGAAGAAGAAACGCCAAUACACUCCACACUUUCAAGCAAAGCUAUCAUCAAGAACGAGAUCUACAUGUUGAUGGAUUCAGUUGGAUGCAGUGCUGGGGUGCCUAUCCCAAAGGAACUUGAAGGUCGACCAGAGUACCCUGGUGCCUCGAUCUCAGUUUCCAGCACGCCUUACUGGUCCUUGGGUACGGGUUGGCGAUGA